AACUUCAGAAGCAGGGAAGAAGAGGGCAGGAGGCGUCUUGUUUUCUAACCAUCAGAAGGGCGAUUGAAGCCACCAGAGUGGACCAUGUGUGCUGCCGCUCUGGAGGAGUACUGCGGGUCAACCUUCUGGGUGAGUUCACUGCGAGGUGGUCUUAAAGGAAGGUACAGUGAUGUCAAGGGGAGAUACAGUAGGUGCAUCUUGGUUUCCCUUUGACCUCAGUUUACCUUCUAAAAAUAAAAAUCACUGUGAAACUUGUCAAAAAUCAAACAAAAUUUUAAAACAUAUGUACAAUGUCAUAAAUCAUGAUGUACAACCUUUUUUUAUCUCAUCAAAGUUAAACUCAAAUCUGAUGUUAAAAUCUGUCUCACAGACACAUUAACUGCCAUCAGAAGCUUCUGUACCAAAUGUAGAGUGCUGCUCAGAUAACUGACUCUGUUAUUCUCUUCAGACAUCAAUUUCUCUCUGUUUGGACUUUAUUUGUCUGGCGCAGAAAUGUUUCUCCGACUAAGUCAAAUGAUUACCAUUCUCACAAAGAAAUGUGGAAAAAGCCUGUAUUUUAAUGGUUUUAUGAGUUCAUCCCUGUUCAUAGUGUCGUCGGUGAACAUGUGAUUCUUAAGUAAAACAUGACUCGACAUGUCUAACCACUGCAUCACAUGGUCUGCAUCCUAAAUAGAGGGGAAUAAAAACUGAUUAUGAUUAUUUUUCCUUCAAUCGUUUUUGAAUAAACGGCUAUUAGGCGUCUAGUUUUAUUUAGACCUAAUUUCAACCGUCUAGAUUCUGUAUAUUUUCAGACAGAAUUUAGACGUUAUAUUUUAACCCAUUAUUUGAUAACUAUUUAUUUCAAAAAGCAAUUGUGAGUUUCAUAACUGAUCUCCAAGUACUUCACCAAAAUAAUUAUGAUAGCCAUCGAGCAAUAUAUAGAGUAGUAUAAGAUAUAGCGCAGGUUUAGACCUGGUCUAAACUUGGUCUAAAUUUGGAUGUCUAAAAAACUUUCAUUUUUAGACCUGUGGUAGCCUGAUUUUAGAGAAGUCGUCUAGGCUACAUUUAGACGUCCAUUAGACCUCUUUUAGAUCAAAAAAUGCUCAGUGGGAUGCCUUCAAAGAUGUCAAAGGCGAUGCUGAAGCUACCCAGGGACCCAUGAUACUCAGACAAACGCAACAUCAUGAAAAUCACGUAAACAUGUUUGGUCGGGUGAAAAUCACCCGGCGAUAGUGUUCUGGGGUUAAACAUGAGAAAUGCAAAAAGUCAUGAAUUGGUCUCUCGCUCUGAAUUAUUUUGAGCGGUUAUGUCUCUUUUUGACAAAAUUGGAGCAACAGCUCUGAAAAUUUCUCGUUAUAGCUUCUUGAUCAGGCAGAUGUGUAACCUUUGUGUAUAUGUUGUACCUGAGAUAAGUCUGAGUUUUGCCCUUCUUCCCUCUUACACAUUGGGAUGCGUCUCAUUACACAUUUUAUAAACCUAACUGGUCUUAAGUUGUUGAACAGGAUACAUAACAUUUGAAGGCAUUAAAAGAGUGAGCAUGCACAACAAGACCCCUUAAUCUCACCUGAGUUUGAGAGGAGACUUAAUAUUGGGUCGAGCCUCACCUAAUGGUAGGUUAAAGUAGGGCUGGGUGUUAAACUGAAAAUUUACCAAUACCGAAACGACAAUAACCGACAUCAUUUUGCCCGUGUCAGUAUAUUCGGUGUCAAAUAAAUAAAUAAAUCAAUCAAUAAAAGUUGGUUUUGGAGGUGUGUAGGUAGGCUAUGGUCUCGUGUCCCUUUAAGACGCUGCUCUACGUCAGAGACGUGACUCCACCCCAUCCAGUCCGUAACAAAGAGGGAAAGACAGGUGAGGAGAUGGAGGACGGUUCAAAAGUUGUAGCGGCUGAAGUAGACGAAGUUAAUGUGGGAGGGGGUGAGCAGGUUGUGGAGUAGUUAUCGUCCAUUUCUGAUUAUCGUGAUAUUGAUUUGAGGCCAUAUCGCCCAGCCCUAGGUUGAAGGCAAAGUAGCAAAAAAAAAUUGCUCUGAAAUGACCGUGAAACUUACAGUAACUUGACAAGCAGUUUCUGAACUGUGCCACACUUCUGUCCUCACAUUACACAUGCAGGUGUUCACACAGCUGUAUGUGGGGACACAGAGUUUGAUCACAGAUGAGUCACUGCUGAUUAAAUUUCUACUCAGCGAGGUGUGGUGCAAUAUUAAGCCGGCUCCUGGGAUAAGCGUGUAGGAGGGUGUUAGUUUGCCUAUCAGUGAUUGUGAACGGACCUGCUCUUUCGUGAAAGGUUAUCCGUGUGUGAGAUCCUAAUUGACCAUGUGUGUGUUUGCGUGUGCAGAAUAAUUCCUACCUGGAAAGAGAAGACCCAGACCUGCCAGUAUGCGUGGAGCAGACCGUGCUGGUCUGGAUUCCUCUGGGAUUCCUGUGGCUCUGUGCCCCAACACACCUGGUGCCUCUCUGCAUGAGGAAAAAGGCGAACACCAAACACCUGUCCAAGCUCUAUCUCUGCAAACAGGUAAUGCACACAGGCAGCAAGGCAUGAAACAGUCAGUGUAUUUUGAACAACAGGAAGCGAAGAAGAUCCGAUUAUAAUUGCAUUAAUGGGAGCAUCACAUCCCCCAGUAAUUAGAAGCAAUCAUCGCACAAUAAGGAAAACUGAACAGGAGCAAUGAGCAGACAAGCAUCUGUUCAUUUCCUGUGUUUAAAAGUUCAUCAUAACAUCAGAUGUUUGUUAUUUUUUUAUCCCCGGAGAUGCGACAGCUUAAAAAUCAGAGCAACUGGCCUGUUUCAGUCACCAGGUUGUUUCUCUAUUUUCAAGAUGACCUGAAAACCGUCCCAAUUAACAUGAUGAACGAAUGAAAAAACUCAAGAGAAAAAAAAGACAAACAAAAAAAUCUUGCAGAGCUUUUUGGUAUUUUAAAAAAUUUUUUCGAACAUGUUUGUGCAACACAAGAAAGUAAACAGAAAACAAACAAACAAACAAAACCAAUGAGAAUAUACAAAACAACAAUAACAAUAAUCAAUGCAAAAAAAUAUAUAAAUACACUAAUAAUAAUAAUGUGAACCCAACAUGUCCGAAAAGGAGUAGGAAGAAGCAUUAUGCUUAUUUACAACUACCCAUUCUCCACAACUCAGUCAGUCUCCACCAUAUCUACAUUAUAUCAAAAUAAAUAAGUUAAGAUCUUAAAAAAUACACUAAAAAUUAUCUGUAUUGCUGCAUGUCUGCUAGCAGCCUCUACUAUAUUUGAUGUUUUUCCUUGAAAAUAUCAGAAAAAGAUGUAUUGCUGAUUAUGAAAUAUGCUGUUAAACUUCAGUUUGAUUUGAUGUUACUUCACAGUAUUAUUAUCCUAUCUGAUAUUUUACAAGUUAAUAGUAACGUUGACAUAAUAUUGUCAUUCGACUUAGAGUGACGCAGUUUGAACAUUUGCUUCAAUUUAGAAAUGGUUUAACAAUCAAUAUUCGAUUAUUUGUUAACUUUGUUCUCGUCUCCUCCCUCAGAUUGUGGUCUCUCUGUUGUUCCUGACGGCUAUCGCAGCCUUAGCCGUCACAUUAGGAGAGGACUUUGGUCCAAACGCAGACUCAGCUUCAACAGAGAAAAACCCUGGUGUUUACUAUGCUAACCCCGUGCUGUAUGCUGUCACAUGGGUAAAUAGAAAGAGGCUUCACAUUUAUGAUUUUGCCCUUGAGUUGUACCUGCAUACCUGACAUGUUUUUCUCACAUGAAUGUGGUAUGUAUUCUCUCAUAGGUCCUUGUGCUGUUGUGCCAAGAAGCAGUCAGGCGGCAGGAAGGAGUUGUGGACUCUGCCACCCUCUUUCUCUUCUGGCUUCUUCUUGUUUUGUGUGACAUCUUCCCUUUUCAGACCCUUCUACGAGAGGCACUUAAGCUGGUGAGACAUUGCUUCAAAAAAAAAAAAAGGCAUUAGGCAAGGAGAUAACUCAGGCGUGGCCACUUUAUCAAAUGUACUUCAGGAUGUCUAUAUGUUCCUUAAUCAGCACAAAUCACAGUUGGGUUUCUCUCACUCUCAAAUAUCUCUCUAUCUCUGACUCUCAGGGAACAAUCCCAGAUGUCCCUCGUUUUUCCCUGUUCUACAUUUCCUUUGGACUGGAAUUGAUCGCGUUUGUUCUCUCCAUGAUCGCUGAUGUCCCACCUGAAGCUAAAGAGCAGGUCAAAAAGGUACCCAAGCGCCCAAUUUUGUACACUACAGUGACCCUCGUACUGAUCGACAUGAUGUGAAUACACACCUUCUGCUUGUCUUAUUGUUUUAAUCUACAGAAUCCUGAGGCCGGAGCCUCAUUUUUGAGCAGAAUCACUUUCAACUGGUUCCACAGGUAAACUAAAAGUUGCAAAGAAAACCCUGUUUAACAGCCGCGCAAGUUUACGUCAAAACUCAAACUUUUCCUUGUACCCGCAGCAUGGUUAUAAAGGGGUACAAGCGUCCCCUGGUUCAGGAAGACAUGUGGGAGCUCAGUGAGAAGGAUAGUACUGCGUACCUCAACGAUUGCUUCCAGAACACCAUGCAGUCAGAGCUGGGCGCAGCGCGGGUUCGAUACCAACACAAGUUGAGCAACAAACGGGUACAAAAGAGAGAUAAAGCUCCUGAAGAGUCCUUUCAGAACGGGCUGGGGAAAGGAGUGAGUCAGGAUGUGCUGAUGAUGGUAAGAACAUGCAAAAGCUUUCCAAAUCCAUUUUAUCUUUGCUUCUGUAUAUCGUCUCUGCAAUAGCACGCAUGAGACAUCAUCUGAGAGGACCAGCCAUUGUAUGCAAUGUUCAAACUGUAAUUUUCUAUAGGAGGAAAAAGGGAAGGACAGUGAUGGAAAAAAGAAGAAAAAAGACAAGAAGAAGAAGGAGGAAAUAAAUUAUCCAAGUGGAUGGCUAAUCAGCUCUAUAUACAAGACCUUCAAAUGGAUUCUCAUUGAAUCUGCAUUCUUCAAACUACUGCAGGAUUUGCUCGCUUUCGCCAGUCCUCAACUCCUCAAGUGAGUGACGAUAGAGAUCAAACAAGCUGAGUGUCCAGGUUAAUGGACUCCUGAAAGGAAUCCUUUAACUGUGGCUCACAAACAUACUUCAUCUGCUAAAUCCCUGUUUUUCUGUCCAUGGUGCAGUUUUUGGUUUACAGCUGAUUUCUGCCUCACUCAGUCAGCCUUCUCUGGAAUCAUUAACUCAGAGUCAAUAAACUCAGAGCUAAUGUUUCUCUUUCAUAUUUUAAACAUACAAUUUUCAAACUAAUAAAACAGUACGAAUGUGUGAAGUGACAUCACCUGAGGCAGUUUUCCAGCUCUCUCUGGAGCCGUUUUACUCCCUAAAACUGGUAAACAGACUGUCGAUUUACAGCUCCUUUUCAAAGCUAUUCUUUAACAUUUACAGCCCAGUAAACGAUUCACUGCUAUCUCUUUCUUUAACUGAGCUUUAACAUGACUAGAUAACACCAGGGUUUGUGGGGGAGGGAAGUGAAAAGGCCAAAUAAAAGGAAGGACAGAUGUGAAAUAGUUUAAACAUCAGUUUAAAGAUCAAUAAUCAGCCAAUUCUUCUUUCCCUAGGUUAAUGGUCUCCUUUACCCAGGAUAAGUCCACUUAUACCUGGAUGGGUUAUGUGUACGCUGUGCUGCUGCUUGUGGUGGCUAUUCUGCAGUCUCUGUUCCUGCAGCAAUAUUUCCAGCGCUGCUUUGUUCUCGGGAUGAAGGUCCGCACUGCCAUCAUGGCUGCUGUGUACAAAAAGGUAAAAGAGUAUCCUAAAACUCAGUGGGCAUUUUCUAAUCAAAAACAAAACAGACAGGCAAUAUGAACAAACCUAUAAACAGUAUAUAAAUGAAUAAAACACACCAUCUAUCCUCUCCUUCUUCCCAGGCACUGGUGGUGUCAAAUGACGCUCGUAAGGAGUCGACAGUCGGUGAAACUGUGAACUUGAUGUCAGCCGACGCUCAGCGCUUCAACGACGUGACCAACUUCAUCCACCUGCUGUGGUCCUGCCCUCUGCAGAUCAUCCUGUCCAUAGUCUUCCUGUGGUUUGAGUUAGGGCCCUCUGUGCUGGCAGGACUGGCUGUUAUGGUGUUGAUGGUGCCGAUUAAUGGACUGCUGGCUACAAAGGCCAGAAAACUCCAGGUAGGAAGAAUACCAGACUGACGAUUUUUAUUUUAUCUGAAUGACUGCUUAAAAUACCGACCAUAGAUUUAAUCUAACUUUAGGUAAACAAGUUGAGUCACCACCUUACUUAAUUAUUAAUGUUUACAAAUGUGUAUAAUCUUGUCAAAUGCUGGUCAUAUGUUGGGUCACGCAGCCAUGUUUGUUUUCGUUUGGGCGCUCUCUGCGUACGUCACUACGUGCCUCUUUGGUACUACCGAGCGCCUGCGCAGACCGAACAAGCCUCUCUGUAAACCCAAUCCGCUCAACUCAGCCGUAUAUAUGGAGCAUGGAGCGGAUUAUCAAUCGGUGUAGACUACCUCUUACAAUCCGACCCGAAAUACAAUCAGAUCCGGGUGAAUCAGAUUGGCUAAGGUGUUUAUAUGAGACACUUUGAAUCUGAUUGUAAAUAGGAUUUUUGGACCCAUGUUUAUGGGGCCACUGUGUCUGAGCCUGCUGUUUGGGUCUGUGAGGGGUUCACAGUGAUUUGAAUGCAGAAAUACUCAGAAAAGCAAAUUUCGCACUAAUUCUUCUCAUGAUAUGAUCCUGUAGCGUCAGAAAAAUGCCAUAAGAACAAGAAAAACAUGAUUUUCAUUGGAGAGGGUCUUUAAGGUGGUAACUUGAAAAAAAUGAGAGAUGAAAAAUAGAACCACAUGAAAAACCAUCAUCCAUAUAUUUUUCCCUGGGUUGGAAAACCAGCCUUCCUUUAAGACGAAGGUAUUGAGUCUUUGCACGCUGCUUCUUAAAAAAAGAAAACUAUUUAAAAAACACAAUGCACAUUGAUUAAAGCGCACUCAACACGUCUAUGUGCAAUCAGACCAAAAUUACAACCCUCCUUUAGUGCAAAUAGACUGAAGCAGGAAGACAUCAUGGAUAACCAACACUUGAAAUAACAUCAGUGUCACAGGGCAUGUCAUGUGAAACCUUUAUUCAGUAUCAUUGCUAGUCUUUAAAGUAAACGCAUAUAUGGGUCCCACUCUUUAACUUCUUCAGCAGACAGUUUCUGAGAUAAUAAGAUGGAGGUGUUCAUGAGGGUCCAAAGUGACGUGUUUUUUGUUUAUGACUUAGUUUCUUUGGUUUUUAGGACAUUUCAGAAACCUUCAUGUUUGAUAUAACAGACCCCUGUUCUGUAUCUCUGAUGUUCCUUAUUUUUCUCUUUUUGUCCGCCUACAUUAGUUCUUAAAGUGUCUUGCAUUACUCAGCUGGUUUGCAUCAUCUCUUUUCAGAUUGAAAACAUGAAGUUCAAAGAUAAGAGACUGAAAAUCAUGAAUGAAAUCCUGAAUGGGAUCAAGGUGAGCAUCCUUUUUCAUAUAUUCUUCGACUGUAAAGCCACUAAUUACUAUAAGAUACCACCUCUGUAUUUAAAAACAGAAAAACAAACUGUUCAUGUGGUCAGAGUAAAAAGGCUUUUCUCCAGGAAAAGGUGAGACUGUUAGCCCAGAGUGCUUUCUUUUAUUCUGCAUCCACCACCUGUGGUUUAUUGACCGAAAUUACAUAAGAUGUAAUUCUCUCCCUUUGUUCCCCCACCUUUCCUUUUCCGCAUCUUCCACAAUGCCCUCUACUUCCUCUCCCCUUUCCUCUACUUUCACCACCCCCAAGAUAUUGAAGCUGUAUGCAUGGGAGCCAUCUUUUCAGACUCAGGUAGAAAACAUAAGGGGAGAUGAAUUAAAGGUCAUGAGGAAGUUUGCUUACCUGACCUCGGUUUCCACAUUCGUCUUCAGUUGUGCUCCAGCUCUGGUGAGUUCUCUGGAAAAGUUUUGCUAAGUAAAGAAAGCCUCUUAAAUCUUCUCUUUCCUUUAACCGUUUUCCUCUUCUGCAGGUUUCUCUCGCCACUUUUGCGGUGUUUGUAAGUGUGAGUUCAGACAACGUGUUGACCGCUGAGAAAGCUUUCACUUCCAUCUCUCUUUUCAACAUCCUCCGAUUUCCCCUGGCCAUGCUGCCCAUGCUUAUCGCUGCCAUUGUGCAGGUAAGAACAACUACACACUGUGUGUGCAUGUGUGUCAAACCAUGAACACCAAAAUCCCACCAUCCUGUUCUCUGACUUUUAGACCUCAGUGUCCAAGAAGCGCUUGGAAAAGUUCCUGGGAGGGGAUGAUCUCGAAAGUGACAUUAUUCGCCAUGACCGCAGUUUCAGUAGGUUCUCCACUUUUACCUCUGUCUCUUUCUGUCGGCACAUGAGUUACAGGGAUAUUGUUUAUUUGUUUUAUAUUGUAUAUUUGUUUUUGUCAGGCACUGCCAUCAGCGUCUGUGAUGGUUCCUUCGCUUGGGAGAGAGACGCUGAGCCCAUGCUGAAAGAGUAAGUGUGUGGUGUCAAACACAAACUAACACUUUACGUCUUAUAGCUGCAAAAAACUGCAUGUUUGUGCUCUUUGUGUUGCGCACUACUGGAUGUGUUGACUGUGUGUUUGUGUGUGUGUGUGUUUGCCAGUGUGUCCUUGGAAGUCAAGCCUGGCCGUUUGGUUGCAGUAGUGGGAGCUGUGGGCUCAGGAAAGUCAUCUCUCAUAUCAGCGCUCCUGGGGGAGAUGCACAGCACAAAGGGCUUCAUCAACAUUCAGGUGAAUUCUUUAUCAUCCAACAAUGAUAGUGAGUUUUGCCAGGACAUUUAUUAUGCAAAACACUCCUCAAGGUUUAAUUAAAAUGUCUAUUAUCAAACCAAGUAGUGAAUGAUUUUAAAUUAUUGUUUUCUGCAGAUCUGACAUGUGCACAAAGCCUCUUCUGCAAGCUCCUAUUUAAAGUCAGAAUAAGUCAGAAUCUUAUUUUUGGUGAUUUUUUUUUUCGGUUAACUUUGAUCAUGAAACUUUGAACUUUGACAGUCAUUCCCAGCAGUCAAAGGAAAACAUGCAUACUCCGAGGUCAUUUCCUAUAUUGCAUUCAACUCCAAGUCUCAGCCCUCUACAAGGCCACUCUGAACUAGUGCUGCAGCGGAAAAAUUCAGGGUCUUUAUCUUACAGGGAAGGAUCAUGAUACAUUUUUGAAACUUCACCUCAUGAAAUAGCUGUGAGUCAGAAAAAUCCCAUUUUCUUCUCGUUCUUCUGUAUCUCAGGGGGGCAGGGAGAAAAUUGUCUCUCUGCUGCUGUGGCUCCUGAUUCAGAGGUUGGAAAAUGUAUUCUCACUGUCGGAAGACGAGUGGAGCAGUAGUACUUUUCAUUCAUGGGUUAUUACAACUGAAUUCUUAUUUAUUACAUAUUGCGUGUCUAUUUAAUUGUAUCAAUAUUAAUACUUUAAUUCCAAACAAAUGCAGGAGUUAAAGCUGCUGUAGGGAUCUUUGGGUUUGAGUUUUUUUCAGAGACUACUAAAUGGUUUUACCCUAACCCUGUGCACGCAUAAAUAAUCCAUGUGUGCACAUUUCACAUCAGAUCCUGCUGUAAAAAUAAAAUCGAUGCAUUCCUCUGACAGCUUUAGUUAUUUGAGUUUAAUUUUAUCACCUAUCUGUAAAAAGAGUGCUGCAGGAAGGCGUCGAUACCUCACUGCCUUUGUGCCUCUUUCUUGUUGUCAUUGAUGAUUUUUGCUCCAAUAGAUGUCAGUGACAGUCAGCUCAACAGCCGAUGUUUAUUUAACUUCCUUCAAAUUAACUUCAUUCACUCCUUGUCAAAGUCUCAAUUUUCCAUAGUUUGUCAAUAAAUUAGAGGGUGUACAGUCCAGCACACCUGUCACCUUUCUAUUAUGUAGGCGUACAGUUUAUGAAUAUUCAAUUUAAUUUGAAGUAAAAAAAAAAAAACUAAUCGAUGAAAAGCCAUAAAAGUGGCCAGAUAAGGGUUUUACAUGUUUGCUAUGAAAUUAGUACCCUUUUAGGUAACACUUUCUUUUACAGUACACUUAUUACCAGGUAAUCAACAGGUAAUUACGUAGUAACAACAUGAAAUUAUCUGGUAAUUACAUGAUAACUACUAAGUCAAUACUGUCUAGUUUUUCGUUUUUCUGUGCAGCUCCAUUUUCAAAAACUAUCUGGGGUUCUUAUUUUCUAUGAUUGACACUUGAUACAGCCUAUGGGCGUGCGAAGAUUGCGUAUCGAUACGCAGUUUGAGCCGAGCGUUAUCACAGCGACUCACCCGCCGUAUUCGUACAAUGCUACUGUGCAAGUGUUGGUUCCAGGAAUCAGAGAAAAUCCUGGAAAUACCAGAGCAAUUCGACUUCAAGUUUGUAUGAUGAUGGAAGGUUACCUACCUGGUAGCUAGACAGUAUUGACUUAGUUGUUGCUAGGUAAUUACCUGUUAAUUACCUGGUAAUAAGUGUACCGUAAAAGAAAGUGUUUUUCCCCAGUUUUAUAAUAAUACAACUUAUAUCUGCGUGGGAUACACUUUCCUCACUUUGGUCGAUCAGCAGGGAUAGGAUGGCAGCGCUGCAUUGGAGGACAGUCUUCGCAGGUUCACAAGCAAAGGAGUGGAAUUAGGAUUAUACAGAAGUAAAAGUGGCAAGAAAUGUGGUUUUACAAACAAAAAACUUGGUACAACCUCGAUAUCAGUUACAGAUUGGCUAACUGAAAACCUUUUGACUCAAAUAAAACGAUAUUUUUCGACUCAAAUUAGACUGAAAUGUUUGAGCUGCCUUGGAUUAAGUCAGUCUUUUCUUCUUUCUGUUGUGUGUUUCAAUCCAAAUUUGCAUGAGCACUCUAUUUUUGUCUGACUUUAUCCUUUUUUUAUUUAUAUUCAGCAUUUUAUAAACAUACAAGACAAAAACAAGAACAACAAUUCAAAGACAUGGCACAAUUAGGUCAUGGUCACAGUACAUUGCCUGUUUUGUAUGCAGAGGAGUCCAAGCAUGGCCUGGCAUGUUGGGUGGUGGGUGUCAGAGGUUCAUAUUUGCCAUAUUUUUAGAACUCAUCCCCCAUGUUUUUGUUCCAGGUCUCUAAUUCAAAGUUUGUUGGAAAGUAGGAGGUCUGCGCUGAUUCCAAUAGAGUAGAGAACAUUUCGUUGCUUUAUAGGAUAUUAUAGAAAUCCUCUGUGUGUGUGUGUGGGAUUCAGUGUCUUGUUAAAUUCUGUACCAAAAAGAAAGCAUAUUGGGAUUUAAUCUAGUGCCUCGAUAAGCAGGUCAUGUAUGUCUGACUUUAUUCUAACUUUUUUUAUGUCCAGGGCUCCCUCGCUUUUGUGCCGCAGCAAGCCUGGAUCCAAAACGCCACUCUGAAGGAUAACAUCCUGUUUGGCUCCCCUCAUGAGGAGAAGAGGUUCCAGCAGGUGAUACAGGCCUGUGCUCUGGCCCCAGAUCUGGAGCUGCUGCCCGGAGGUGUCCUCACUGAGAUUGGAGAGAAAGUAAGGCUUUAAAUAAGAUAGCCAUGGGGGGUUUGUUCCCGCGAAAGUGUGGUCUUUGUAAACACAUCCUGGAUGUCUAGAGGGACCGAAAACACAAUCAUGUUUCAACAUUUGUUUCUUAUAGCCUUGAAGUAUGCAAGAAAUGGGAUGUGAUUUUAGGAGUUAUCCACAUUUUCAGACUUUUUUUUUAAACCUCGGUGUUUGCUAAGAAUGAAUUGACCUCAAACGAGGCGUAAUCCUUAUUUUUUAAUUUUGUCGUGUUCCUCUUCUUUUCCCCUCUCUCCCCCUCCCAGGGCAUUAACCUCUCAGGGGGUCAGAAGCAGCGCGUGAGUCUGGCUCGUGCAGCUUACAGCCGGGCUGAUAUCUAUUUAUUAGACGACCCAUUGUCUGCUGUGGACUCUCACGUUGGAAAACAUCUCUUUGAUAAGCUGAUUGGGAACAAUGGGAUACUUAAGGACAAGGUUUGUACUCAGCGGCAUCAAUGCAGUAAUCCCUAUUGUGUGAUUCACUUCAAAAGAACAAGGAUUUGCAUCGAUAUUAAUCACAGCAACAUGUAAAUAUUUGGCUAGUGUGUCAUUUAGGGUAAUUUUAAUGGAGAAGAGGUACAAUACAGCUCUGAUGAGAAACCUUUAUUCAUUGGGUGCAGGUGUGUCUUUGGUCAUGGACGUGGGUAACUGAGACACUCCUGCCUCCCUCUCCCCUCCAGAACAACACACAGAUUUCUGUCUUAUACUUUUCCAAGUCCAAUUAAUUUACAUUUUAACAGGUUAGAAGAUAAGUCUCAUUUUGACCUUCUUUGUAUUUCAUCACAUAAGAUGAGAUAGCCUUGUCAUAGGCGGUUAACUACGAUCCUCCACCGGUGAAAUACAUCAGAUCGUCUCUUCAGGGGUCGUAUUUAAUGUUAACCUUCGAUGACAAACGUCUCCUCAGGAAUUGAUUGGCCUUGGUGUGAAAAAUCAUUAUCAUCUCUGUGGGUUACAGGUCAAAAAAAAAAAAAAAAAAAUACUUAAAGUGUCACAUAGUUCUCAAAUAAUGGAUGUACAAUAAACACAGUGAAUCCAAUGCCAGCAGACAGUGCAGUCUUACUCCAGCAAUAACUUGUGUAAGAGUGAUAUAACUCUUCUUUGUUUGACCUUACUCAUGUUUUCUACAAAAGGACAAAAGUUUAGGUCUUAAGUGAAGCAUUAAACACAGAUUCUGAACUAAAAGCUUCCUACAUCUGUGUAACUAAAAUAGAUUUACUGAAGAUAUAUGCAAGUUAAUUCAUCAAUGAGCAGAACAAACAAGCCCCUUUUUUUAAUGCACUGUUAUCUCACGAAGACGGUUUUCUCGUGAUAACUAAUAAAUUAAUAAUGUGUCAGCCAUUUUAACUGUUGUUGUCCGAUUCGCACGUGGCAGUUAAAUGGUGGCUGCAGCAUUUCAGAAAUAUCCCACUCUGAAAGUCGUUUUUUUUUUUUUUUUUUUGUUAAACUUUAUUAUGUAGAGAUAACAAGAUAUUAAGUCGUUAUCACUUGAUAACUGUGCAUAAAGAAAAAAAGAAAAAUCCAUAGCUGUUCUCAUCUCCCGUAAUAUUCUAAUAUUCGGUUAAUUAUAUUCUUACUUCCAAUGAUCAUUAAUACAUAUUUUGAUUUUGUUUACUGGAAUCCUGUGAUGAAACUGACUGAUUAAAAUGGCUUUAAUAGCAACUAAAUUAGAUCAAACAUUACGUGUCCUCCUCUACUGUUGCAAGGCAUUUUACACAAACUAAACAAGCUCGAUCACUUACUGACAUUUUGCCAAAAGAACUGACAUAUGUGUGUGAUAUUUAUGUUUUUAUGUUUUUUUUUUCAUUGUCAGUUUCUGCCAUCUGUGAGUACAUACACAGGAACCAAAAAAGAUGUUCGUCUCUAGCCCACGGUGCAAAAAUACAGAGAAUGUAUUACAAGUACAGAAUAGAAAUACAAAAAGUAUAAUACAGUAAAGGAGUCAUAUACUGUGUAUGUUCGUAUCUAACCUUAUGCUGACUGUGUUUAUGUAUAUUCACACUCCUAUACAUGCACCUUAUACAUACACCUGCGUACCUAGCGACCAGAAAAUGAUUCUGCCAUACAUAUUUACACAUGACCUAAAGUACAGGAGGUGGUUAUGAUCCUCAGUAAUGCACUGAUAGAAAGAACAUUUCUAUUAAUCAUAAGGGAACGUUUCACUGUUCCUUGUCCUUGUGUGUGAAGGAGCAGUAAGAAGAAAACUCUUACCUCGCACGCCCAUUACACAGGACACGAAUGAACAAAAGAAACUUUCACAAAGCUAAAUAAUUGUUUUUUUAAUUUAUUUUCUGUGAGUCAUUGCCGAGCCAGAAGGUAUUUAUCUUAUGAGUCUAAAUGUGCAGCAAAAUACAUAACUGACAUAUUCAGAUAUAAAAACUGUAUUAUUAUUGUACUUUAAACUCCGGCUGAUGAGCUGAUAGCCUGACCAUGAGCUGAUUAUCCUUUACUAUUUUUCCAAAUGGUUAACAUUUGACAUCCUCUGCUGAGAAGUUAAUUAAUUUCAUUUCAACAUUCAGUGCUAAGCUUCUCGUAAUAUCAUACAGCAAUCUAACAGUGGGAAAUAAAUAUCCACUCAAUGGGUCAUGGGCUAAAGAUUGUUCUUUCAUGCACAAAGUCAUGCAGUUUUACAUUCAGACAGUCUCCUAAGAGAGGAGUGAGUAGAAGCGUUAUGCUCUACUGUUCAUGGCAGUAAGAAAUUGUAGCGAGAACUCGGGCCAGUCCAAUACCGCAGCGGGGUGAUGCAGCUCAAGGAAGAACAUUUCUGAUCAUUACUUUAUCAUUUCCUUGAAGUAAUAAUCAUCAUAUUAAUCAUUUUUCACUGCAGACACUGUAGUUCUUCUGCCUUAGUGAUUCGGUCUGAUUGCAUUUCCGUGAAGUAAUGAUCAUAAAUGUUCUUCCUUGAGCUGCGUCACCCCACUGUAGUCCGUAAUGGACUGGCUCAAGGUCUUGCUACAAACAAGCGGCUGCUGGAAGAGAGUAGGUGAGUUGUGUUUAGUCUCUUUGUUAAAGAAAUUAGUCAAAGUUAAAAAGAUGUUUGGUGGCUAGUGCUAUGGCUGGGACCCUAUAUGUCCUGUUGAUGAAGUUCUGAGCAUUAUUUGUGGCUAUAGAGUGGCGUUUUGGCUGAGGUUUGUUUAUGGCUCCUCAGACCGCUGUGUAUUGCUAUCGUGCGGUCGUUACUAAAGUUGGUAUAACUAGAGAAGCAAGCGGUCGGCAACAUUCAUCUCUUGAGGGGGUGUCUAACUCGGUGUUACGGUGUGUUUGACCCUAAAUUAAUUUAAGGUGGGAAUAUCCCUUUAAAGGUCAUUUUAAUCAGGCAUAAUAAAUGUAAUUCUAGUGUUUUAUUAAUGGAACAAUUAUAGGGCUUCACUGGGCAUCAGUGCGAGGUUAGAGAGCCAACUGCAGAUAUAUGGAAGCCAACACAAACACACACACACACACACACACACACACACACACACACACACACACAAACAAACAUAUGAUCCUUUCCAGGCUUUUACUUUGGGGAGAUGAUGCUGAAUUAUAACAGUGACCGUACAGCCUCUCCAUAAGGGAGCCUGUUUGAAAAGAAUAGAGUGUAAUUUCAUUCUCUGCUGUUCAAAGUGAAUAAUCAUUUCACAGUAAAAGUUAACUGUGUCUUCGUCUGUGCAGACUCGGAUCCUGGUGACUCAUGGAGUAAGCUUCCUGCCGUAUGUGGAUGAGAUAGUGGUUCUGGUUGAUGGAAAGGUCUCUGAGGUUGGAUCCUACAACAGCCUCCGUGCCAGCAGAGGAGCUUUCUCCGAGUUUCUCGACACAUAUGCCAAAGAACAAAGUAAUCUGAACCAUUCACAGACAGGUAAUGACACAUUUUCCUCUGCAAAUGGGGUAAAUUGCACAAAAUUUUGUACUUUUGUCGCAAAAAAAAAAGACAAUGAUAUGAAAUGACAUUGAGCUGGGCGGCAUACCCAGGUGCAAGGAGUUUUUUAAUGUUCCCUUGUUAUGGUCACAUGACUUUUAUUAACAUGAUCCAGCGAUUAAUUCGCAUCAAACAUGGUGCUGUUUUGUUACAGUUAUGGUAAGCCUCUGUAUUUAUGUUUUACCUCAAUGUUUAGAUGAUUCCAAGGACACUGCAGAUGUGGAGCUCAUCCCUGAAAGAGACGACGCGCAGCCUGACUCUCCUUUGGAGGAUACCGUUUCUGCGACACUGAAGAGGGAAAACAGUAUUCGCCGCAGCCAGCGUGGUGGCAGGUUCGAGCACACUGAACCCACAGAAAAGUAGACACAUAGUAUAUGUGAUUGUUAAAUGAAGAAGUCAAUACCACUGCAAGAUGUUGCAAAGACUGUCUGAUACAGUAUUUCUUGUUAGCAUGUACAGCGUGGAGGAGAAAUCUUAUAUUUCAGUCUGUUUCUUAUUCAUUCUGUGUUUUCCUUUAUUUAGUGUGAGGCUGAGGAAAAACAGUUCUUUAAAGAAAACAGGGGAUGUUCCUGAUCCAAAGAAAGGCCAGAAGCUUAUUGAGAAAGAAACAAUGGAAACAGGACAGGUAUAAUCGAUUCUUCCACUGCAUUAAUUGUUCUUAACAGCAGAGAUUUGAGCUUUUCUGAGCCUGUUGUUCCUCAUACUCUCAGGUGAAAUUCUCAGUCUACCUCCAGUACAUGCGAGCCAUGGGCUGGGGAUACGCCGUUAUGGUCUUCGUGGUUUAUUUCAUCCAGAACAUCGCUUUCAUCGGUCAGAACCUGUGGUUGAGCGACUGGACCAAUGAUGCGGUGGAGUACUUCAACAAGACAUACCCAGCGUGGAAAAGAGACACCAGGGUGGGGGUGUUUGGAGCUCUCGGAGUGGCUCAGGGUAAGUGAAGAGAUUCUUCUUCAGACCUAUACAGUCAGCAUCGGAGCUGACUUAAAUUUUAUAGCUGUUAUCAACACUAAAACGCUACAGUUCUCGAGUUUAAGUGGAGUCUUCAGUCAAGUCUUCACUCUAAUUAUUAUCAUCCAUCAUAAGGAGUCGCAGAUUAUUACUGUUUGGACCUGGGCUGAUUGUGGAAAACACAUUUUAUUUAUCAACAUGGAUUCACACUGAUUGUGGUGCUGUGUCUACGCAUUCAGAUUAUCAAUGAAGUUAGAGCACUUUGCUUUCUGUGUAAUUGAACAUGGGUCUUGUUUAAUGGGGAAACACUUGUUUAUUCAGCUGCAGUAGGAUCACUUCUGGAGUCUAAUGAAACGAGUGGCGUCUCUUCAGGCGCCCUGGAAAGAAGUUGUUGAUGAACAAAUCCGCACAUCUAAACUGUUUUGGGUAUUUUACUGAAAAGAAAAUCAAUAAAAUGAUAAAACAAAUAAUACAGUGGUAAAUAAAUCCAAUAACAGACUUCCUCUCCAUCUUCAGAGUCCUAAUACAGUCAAUACUUGAGAGUGAAUUCUCUGUAGUGAGGCUGGAUUUUUUCUGUUAUUGUAAGAACUGCAGGCCUAUGAAUCAUGUUGAAGUGGAUGAUACUUUCUGAUAGUAUAACCAAAGAACAGCACAAAAGAAAACCACGUAACAGAGGUUUAUCUCAACAAACAUCAGAACAGAGAGAUUUAAUGAGGACGUGCCGCUGCUGUGAUAAGAGUCUCCCAAACUGUUGACAACAACAUUUAUCAGGUUUUCCCAUUUGUGACAAGCUUCCUGGUUUGUGUUGAUUUCCCAGAAGAUUUGAGGUUUGUGUUAUUGAGAAGACUGACUCAACCACGCUGAGAGGCCAAAUAUGACACUUAGCAAUUGCCUCUGUUUCAAGGGGAUUUGAGGACCAGUAUCCUCGUUUAAGGUUAUAUUCCAGCUGCUUCAGGCAGGUUACAACUGUGUACAAUUCUGGAGACUUUUGCUUUAGCAGAUUGAAACCUUUUUUUCAUUCAUCAGGAGCAUUGUUUAUCAAAAUACACACUUCUUUCUCUAUUUUCUGACUUAAAAAAAAAUUCUACAGACUUUAAUCGAAAAACAUUGGUAAAUAUAUUUCUGCCAAUUCUUAAAUAUAUUUCAGCACAGAUGCCUCUUAAUAUUGCAUUUUAUCCUUUGUUGAAAUUAUAUUAAGUAUAAACAGUCUGUCACUGCAUUGUUAAACAUUGCUGGUAAAUGUGGUUAACAAACUAGGAGGCACAAGGAUGUAUUUGCGACGCUAUGUGACGGGGAUUUUCCGAUCAUUUUGGAAAUCAUUUUUUAAGUUGAAAACAUCAAAAAAAAGAAAUUUCUUGACAAACACACCAUUGAAUAUUGACUUUUUAAUCUGAAGUGAACAGGUGGUUAUGCAAAUUAGAAACCCAGGGUGAGCAGGACCCUGACGACACCUGAAGAGAUACCAAUAUGUACCUCCACUCACCACUCGAUUAAGCCACUUAAUAAAGCUUUAAACAGAUAGAUUAGAAAUAUUAGUUCAUUGAUUGAAAAUGAUUUAUUUGUACAGCUAGAAAACAGUCCCUCCAGUCACAUGGUCAGUAACGCUUCCAUGGCAACAGAUUCUCAUCCUUGUGGAGUGGAUUAUCACAAAACCUUAAAUUUCAAAGUCAAGUUGACAGGUCAGCCUGCUUAUUUGUUCUAGAUAAGAGUUGAACUGAACGUUUCCAUUAAAGGUGAUGCGAGACAGAGUGAAUGGGACUAUUGUAGGAGUAUUUAUACAGCUCUAAGUUUCACAACUUCUUAUAAUGUUGCUGUCAUUUCUACCCUUUAGUGUUCUGGCACUCCUCAGGUCUUUGUAGGACAGGAUCUUGCUUCUCUUCCCCUAUUAGAGACAGUUUGGGCCCAGAUAGCCCCUCAGGCUGCUCUCACAUCCAUGCUAAGUAACUUUCAUCAUUUCAGAGAUGGACACCAGCUUAUACGUCACAGUAUUUCUGAAUCAAGAACGCACAAAGAAUCUAACCUUUCAGCCACCACUACUAUAACCAGGCAGAGGAGAAAUGUGCCACUUCUUUUCCAAUAAUUGGUUUGAUGUAGCCUGCGUGAUCAGGUUGUCCCUUUUUGCACCUGAGAAUAAAUAAGAGGUCGUUAUUGGGGUUUUACAUAAAGACAGGACGUCAGCAAUAAACAGCAGGCAAGUUUUCUUCCAGGUGGUUUAGUGUGUGAAACCAAACCAGGAAAAAAAAACAGCUGAAGGUCUUUUGUUGGCACUCAAUGCUUCCUGUGAGUCCUCUGCCAACAGAAAACAGUGACUCAACUAUUAUUCUUUUUCUCUGUUGAAGAGCUGUCUGUCCUUUAAAUGCAGUUUGAGGUAUUUACAAGAAAAUUGACAAAAAAUUGACAAAAAAUUGACCGCCCAUUCUUCCUUCGUACAGGAAAUGUCAGACAGUACAUCUUGUAGCUGUAGCUGUAAAGCUUUUCUUUGUCCCUUUAAGAUAAAUGGUGCAACUCUAAGCAACAGCAGAAGUGUAAAUAAACACUUGAUGUAACAGUGUACUUUUGGUAACACUUUACAAGAAUCAUAACUUAUAAAUGGUAAAUAGACCAUCUAUAAAUGAUAAGCAGAUAGUUUAUUUAGGUUUAAUCAUCAUUUAUAAAUAGCAUAUAGACCAUUAAUAAAUUGUCAAUUUUAACCAUCUAAGUAAUGUUUAUAGGUGGUUUAUAAACCACGUAUUAAUCAUUUACAAAGUAUUGCAAAUAUCAUUUGCAACUUUACAAUUACCAUCAAAGUAAUGUAAACAGAGGGUUUAAAAACCAAAUAUUAAAUAUUUACAAAGUUCUACUGACACACAUUUUAAACUAGAUGUUUUACAACCAAUAUUUAAACCCUAUAUAAACCUUUAAUAAACAGUCCAUUAAUAAUUAAUGAAAAUUAUUAAUCAUAAUUUCAUUGCUUGUUAAUGGUAAAGAAACGCUUAACUUACAUUAAUAAACUAUUUAUUUGCCAUUUAUAAUUGGUCUACAUACUGUUUUAAAUGAUGAUUAAAUAUCUAUUAACUAUCUAUUUACCAUUUAUAAGUUAUGGUUAUUGUAAAGUGUAACCGUACUUUUUUAUUCAUGAGCGUUUAACUCGUCAAUAAUCACAGAUGUGCAGAAACCAUAAGGGGCCAAGGGAUGAAGGCCGUGUUGUAUACAGCUGAAAAUGAGGAACAUUGUGCGUGAUAGACACAAGUCUGACAAUAAUAGUGGCAUGAUAUGUUUGUUGCCUCUUCUUGACCGUGGUUAUACAAGUAUUUUUCUGCACACAUUACAUUAUGGAAAUGAGGUCCAGUGUGUAUUAAGAUAAAGGCUGUAUUUUUAACCCAAUUUUACCACACAAGAAUAAUGUUAUUUGUCACUGCUUGAAAGUGUAGUCGUUAAAGGCAACAGAAAAAAUAAAUCUCCCCUUGUUUUUCAGGCCUCUUUGUGUUUCUCGGUACUCUGCUUCUGGCCAAUGCUUCAGUCAAUGCGUCUCGUAUCCUGCAUUCACGGCUCCUCAACAACAUACUGAGAGUUCCCAUGCUGUUCUUUGACACCACGCCCAUCGGAAGAGUGGUCAACCGCUUUGCAAAAGUAGGUUUCACUGUUCGCCCUCUCAACCCAAAAGCAGAAACACAAUGGCAGAGUAAGAGAACUCAGUGGGGUCUAUUAUUGCAGGGAAAGGGACUGGCUCAUAGGUGGAGUUUCUUUGUAUGAAAUACUCAGAGUCCUUGGAGUAGGGUAAAUUGUAGGUGAAGUGCCGGCACAAGAUCUAUGAAGUGGUUUUUGUGCAAAGAAAGGAGUUAAAAAAUCACUGCAGGAAAUAAGCUGAGCAUAAUUGUACGAAGCUGUUAAAUGCAACAGACAUGGGCAGAGUAAUCAGGCAAUGAGAGGAAAUGAAGCCAGGGUUCUUGUCAGGAGGCAGAUUGCAGAGAUGCAAGUGCAAGUAACUUACCUGAAUAGCAAAUCAAGAAUUUCAUGUCAGAAAAAGUAGUCUUUACUCUGGUAAUGUCCUGAGAUGAGAUGAAUGAAAUUGAUGCAUGAAAUAGAUUUAUCCAAUUUUGUCACAUGGAUACUGAGCAAUCACAUCCUUCCCACCACCAAGUUUUUGAUCCAUCCUAUCAUCCCGCAGACAAGUCUGCAGAAACCUGUGCUCACUGCAAGUGUGUUAUUUGACACUGUAUAUUCUGCAACUGAGAGCUCAUGCUCCUCAUGAUGUGACAGCAGGACACAUCACACGUGGCAGGAUUGGCCUCGAGGUCUGUGAAAUGGAAAGUGCGGUGUUCAGAAUUGGGUUGGCGGCUUUCUUGAAGGAGUCUUGCAGUGAUCUAAAGAUACAGGAAAAUGUAGAAUUAAAACAAACCAAAAUGACGGUUACUUCUUUUACAAUAAAGAAGUGAAUUGAUAUAAUAAUAAGAUAAUUAUGUGGAUUAAAUAUGCAAAACAAGCUAAGAGUUUUAUAACACUGCAUUGUCUCAGCAAAUCUAACUCAACUGUUUAAUUUUCUGUCUUUAGUUUCUCUCUGAUGUACUCCUGGUCACUCUAGAGUUUACACAUUGUCUACCCUAAUUAAUUUGACUUAAAUGAUCUUGAAAAGCUGAGAACUGCAGUGGGACUAAAAAAAUAAUUCUCUUUCUUCCAUCUUAGUACUCAGUUUUACAAGCUGAAGUCUAAAAAAGUUAACGAAAGAGGAAAAGAAGUGUUGCUCGGCUGCACGCUGCUGUAAAGUGGUGUAAGAUUUCCCACCGCUUUUUCUUCUUUUAUAUUUUUUUCAUAUCCUGGCAUUUCUGCUGGGUGCCAGGAAAUUAUAGAUCUGUGUUUGUUACCCUCCUCCUUAACAGACCCUGUGCACUCAGAUGCUCGCUGCAGGUGCUCUCAACGUGCAGAAAAUUGUCAUUUUGACAGGCUUUAAAACGGAGUUGAAAACUUUGCCUGAGUUUGAUUUAAUAAAGUCAGUUCUUAGUCACUUGUAGCCCUGCGACUGGUUGCGCUAACAAAGACUUUACAUUCGUGUCUCUAUAAAGGACAUUUUCACAGUGGAUGAAGCUAUCCCACAGUCCUUCCGCUCCUGGCUGCUGUGUCUGCUUGGCGUGCUGGGGACUCUGUUUGUCAUCUGUCUGGCCACGCCUUUCUUCACCAUCAUCAUUAUUCCUCUAGCCGUUGUCUACUUCUUUGUCCAGGUGAGCUGAUCAAAACAGUGAGAGAAAUUACAGGAUUAGAGAAAAGAGACUGAACUAGGAAAUACAAUUUUCUUUGAAAACAGAAUUGGAUGAUUUGCAAAUCAUUUAAAGCCGAUAUUGAAUUAAAAAUAAUGAAUUGAUGAAAGUAAAACAUUUGUGAAGAUGAUAUGCAAGGCUUAAAAACACACAGAGGAGCAUCUCCCAACUAAUUACAUUCAUUUGCAACCUAUAAGUAACAUGACUGAAAGGCUGAGGCUCUUAUAAGUAGGGACAGGGAAAAAAUUCCAACUCUGUGACAGAGCAGUAAAAGGAAAUAGUUCAGCAGUUACAGGGUUAAUGUUCCCAGGCUUUAAACUGCAGAGAGUCUGAUGAUUUUAUCAACUAGGAUACAUGAUAUCCUAAAAGAAAUAUCUGUACAAUAGGGAAAAGGACAUUGGAUGGCCGUGACUGUCAGACACUCUAGUAGGACUGUAUCAAAAACAGACUAGUGAAAAUGACUACUGGGCAUUUCAUGACUUACAAGGUCAGGUAUUUUAAUGUGUUCUAACUGUUAACAACUCACUGAGAAUGUCCACAUAGAUAAUGCAUUAUACAUAUAUUUAUGAUGUGUUAUAAUUUACUUAUAAACUUGUAUAACUAUCAUUAUAAACACUCAUUAAUUAUCAUACGGCUUUAUAACAAUAAGCAUAACACAUUAUAAUACCUGACCUUGUCAAGUCAUGAUAAAAUGCUUUAUAAUGUGUUUUGAUUAUUGUUAUAAAGCAUUAUGAUCAUUUAUGAGUGUUUAUAACUAUACUUAUACAGUACUAUAAUGUGAAUAUGACACAUUAUAAUUAUAUUUAUAAUGCAUUAUAGAAAGAGGCGUCAAGUAAAGUGUUACCCAAUAUAUCCAAAAAAGGUUAAACUGUAUAAUGCAAAUAGGAGUCUGUACAUAAACAUGAGUUUAUGAAAAGCGUCCCCCAUUCCAGAAAAAUCUAAAUUGACUUUUUAUGGGAAUUGAAGACACCACAUCCACCACUCAAAAGAAGAAGAAGAAGACCUUGCACAAUAAAGCAAGAAGAUGCAAAGCUACCUUUUGUGAUCUAACAACAGUACGGCUCGAUAGUAGAAGAGCCAGGAUGCAAAAUUUAGGUCUCCUCUUUCACAAAACUACAGCUGUAAAAAAGACAGUCUAAAUAAAUCCUCCCUGCUUCCUGUUUUUUUUCUCAUACCUGUGUUUUUAUACCUCUUCUGCUCAGCGCUUCUACGUUGCAACGUCAAGGCAGCUUCGUCGUCUGGACUCAGUGUCUCGCUCUCCCAUAUACUCGCAUUUCAGCGAGACUGUAUCAGGUCUGUCAGUGAUCAGAGCCUACGGUCAUCAAGAACGUUUCCUCAAACACAAUGAAAUCACUAUAGAUGAAAACCUGAAGAGCGUCUACCCGUGGAUCGUGUCCAACAGGUCAGAUAUCGACACAAAUCACGAAUAAAUCCCAAUUUAUCACGGUCAGUGUGUUAGGAGGAUGACGUUGGUUGCCCUGUUUGUGUUUACUCUGCAGAUGGCUGGCCAUCCGUCUGGAGUUCUUGGGAAACCUGGUGGUGUUUUUCGCCGCCUUGUUUGCUGUCCUUUCCAGAGACUCCCUGGACAGUGGCUUGGUCGGCCUCUCCAUAUCCUACGCCCUCAAUGUCAGUGGUUCUCAUGGUUAACACACUCACACACACUGCAGAGUUUUUUCAUUGUUAGAAUACUUGACCUAUGGCGGUGUCAUGGUGCAUAAUCUCAGGUUUGCUAUACUAUCUUCUGUUUGUGUGUCUGCAGGUGACUCAGACCCUCAACUGGUUGGUGAGAAUGACUUCAGAGCUUGAGACGAAUAUUGUUGCUGUGGAGAGGGUGAGCGAGUAUGCCGAGCUUGAGAACGAGGUAUGUUGAGAGAGAGGCUUUCUUUCUAAUGAAUAGUAAUUCUUUAAAUCUUUAAUAGUACAUGUUACAAAGACAUGACAACUGCGGUUCAAAGAGAUCAUUAAAUAAACGGAGGAACAGUUAAAGAAGUAAAUGUACAAUGUGAACGAAAGGCCAAUAAUUGAUCUUGGAUGUCCGUGACCGUCGGACUCAUUAAGGAACAGUUUGUUUUGUUGAAGCAGGUUUAUAUGAUGUACUCAUAUCAUCCACAAGGAAUCUCUCAGCUCUUUUCAGUUACAUUUUUCAUGUGUGGAACUGCAAUUGUCUCGAUUUGAGCAGAGUGCCAACACUGAGAAAUUGGCACAAAGUUGAACGUUUUCUUUCUCAAGAGAGAGAGAGAGAGAUCUGUAUGUUCCCCCUGAUGAUAAGUCGCUUUGGUAAUGAUGAAGCAUGUGUGAGGUGUCAGAGGCUAUUUGCAGUCCUUUCUGUUUGGUCUGUUUACCAUUCAUGCCGCUCAGGAGCUCCAAGCCCAGUCCUGUUGGUUUACAGCUUAAUUUGAUGGUUUUGGUGUGCAGCAGGAGGGUAUGUCGCUCAUGGCUCCAAAGCAGGCUGUUGUGUUGUGUGUUGGGAAGUGAAAAAGAUCCAACAAAGCAGCCAUAGAAAGAUGGUGAUAGUGAUUGGUGCCCCGGGAUUUUAAUGAGUUUUUUUCGAGGAGGCAGGCAAAGAAGUGGUGCUUGAGCUAAGCAGCGAACUGCUGCAGGCUGACUCAAUCAGAAUUAGGCUCAGUUUUAACGUGUAAUGAAGUGAAUUUUAAGAAACCCCAACAAUAAUGCUGAUGUCUCUGUAUGAGUGUAUACUUUAUUUAGGUUUUCUUUUUUCAGUGCUUCACUUCACCAGCAUUACAGAGUGUGGUAUGUCUUCACUGCAGUCAGAAGCACCCAAAAACCGCAGAUCAUAACAGCUCAUCAGUCCUAUCCUGUCCCUGUUUUUGUUUCUUGUCUUUUUUUAUCUAAUCCAACAGGAACAAACCCACCAUUUUCAUUCCCUUUAAUCAGGCAUUUUUCAUUCUCUACUCUUUUGCUGCUUUUCUUCCUUUUCAUUUCUUAUUUUUACCAAGAUAUUUGCCCAGUCUCAUCUCUGUAGGCAGAUGCAUUAGUCAAUUUUUCGCCCCCAUUAUCCUCUCCACUUCUGGGAAAACGAAAAAAGGACUGGCCCUUGUAUUUUUACAAGGAUCUUUGCAUCCCCUUCCAAUAAGUGAUUCCACAUCUGACAGCUUUCUGAUUUCAAAAAACAUGAUGAAGCUCUUGUUUUUUUUUCGUUUGUUUUUCUUCCUGUGUGCUUUGACGUAGGUGGUAUUUUCUGAUAUAAGGGGAGAAUAAACCUCUAUGAGAAUAUCUGUACUAAUUUGAGGUGGCCAAAAGUUGGUAUCCCUGUUGAAUUAGAUAUUUAAGUGAAUGUGAGGCCACUUUUGUUGCUUGAGAUUUUUUUUAAUUGAAGGAAAAUCUUAUUGCAUGUUCCUCCACUUUCUUUGAACUUUUAAGUAGUUUAAGUAACUUUUAGUAGUACACUGUAUCUGUACAGUGACCCCACCAAAAGGUAAGGACACUAUAUAUUUGUUAGUUCUCUAAACACCACCUUAUUAUUCUUUGCAUCCAUGCAAAUCCCGACCUUUUUUCAUGAACAUGACGUUCAUUUGAGAUGCUGACAUUUAGUUUCUGGAGAUAAUUUUUUGAGUAAAUGCAAUGACCUUUAAAGCUUUCUACCUAUAGCACAGGGGUGGGUAGGGGCUCCAGUACCAUCUAUUUAAUGUUUUUUUUUUUUGACAGGAGUGCAAUUUUCUUCUCCUACAAGCCAAAAGAAAGUCUAUGGUCUAUCCUCAUUUGCUCCUGGCUUAAAUCAAAAAUAGAUUCUUUUGUCCCAGCUCACCACUCACCACUGUGUGAUUUUAUUUCUGCAGGCUAAGUGGGUAACAGAAAACCGGCCACCAGAGAAGUGGCCAAAGGAUGGAAGAGUUCAGUUUGAGGACUUCAAGGUCCGCUACAGACCUGGAUUAGACCUGGUGCUGCAUGGAAUCACCUGUGAUAUUGGGAGCACUGAGAAGGUGUGUGUUUAUUGUUAUUUAUUGUUUUUUAGUGUUUUAGAAUUAAUUUGAUAUAUGACAGGAUCAUAUACAAUAAAUAAGUUUAGUGCCUCCAAUGUGUACGCGAUAAGUCAAACCUUAUUUACGGCUUGGGCCUGAAUGCAGCUUGAUAUAUCAUAUGUUUAAGUAAAACAACAAAAAAAUGACAAUAUGAAGCUAAAUUUUUAUUUUUUUAUUUCAUGCACAGGGUUUCAAGAAAUUCUAACCUGCAUCUACAAACAAAUACUAAUAAUGAUAAUAACUUUAUUUAUAUAACACCUUUAAAAACGGAUGUCUUUUACAGAAGAAGCAAAAACAGCAGAAACAGACAAAGAAAAAAUGACAGUUAAAAAUGGUCAGUUAAAAAUUGGCUGUUGGUCGACGGCAUCACAUCAGGAUGGUGAAAAGGAAAUAAGAUGGAUAGAGGACAGAUAAAAGAGGAGGAGAAAUAAAUACAUAGAUAAUAAAAUAAGGUCAAAUAAAAGUAAUAAUGAAAAGGGAGGGAGUAUAUUAAAAUAUGAGAAAAUGUUAAAAACAGGACUAAGAGUAAUAAUGAUAUAACUGACAAGGUUAAACAAGAGGUAGCAGGCAAUGAAAUAAAUAAAUAAAUAAAUCAUGCAUCAUGUAGAAGUAUUAUGUAAAAGUAAUUCUAACAAAAUCUGUAAAAUCUCACCGACAGCUAAAAAGCGCAACAAUUCUACGGUAGAGAAAAAUAAAUGAAAACUAAAUUUAAAAAGUUUGGUGACCACCUGUGACUACCAACAAUAAACAAACAAACAAAAAUAGUCAACACAAAGUAUUUAUUUAAAGAGAUGAUAAAUUUGUACAUCUUAAAAAAUGGAUCCUGGGAGUUCACAGUCUGUAAAACUUUCACUUAAACAGCAAAUUUCAGACUGUAAAAUCUUUCCAGCCUUGAUUUCAAAGUCGUUUGUUCUGUAUGUUAUUUUGGAUGAUCGAAUAAAACAAAACAAGUGUAGUGUAUCUGAUCGAAUCUUUUGAAAUCAAGACUGCUGCCGUUUCACCCCGAUCAGAUUUCUUUGGAGCGUGUGUCUCUGGACUUGAAGUGCAUAAUUACGUCUCUGACUGUCUGUCAAAGAAUCUUGAGCUUUUCAUCAGUCAGAGCUGUACUUGGUCUGUGCUGCUACAUGUUCUCUGUGUAUCAAGUCAAUAAAAGAGAAACGUACAUUGUGUUUUCUCAUGUAACAGGACUACAUUCAGGGGUGUUUUGCCUUAUGAAUUCAUCUGUUUUAAUCAGAUUAAUUUAUCAGAUUUUCAGUGUUAGAAAGAUCCAGGUUGUUGCCUCUCAGCACAUGGAUGUAUUUACUUGAUGUGCUGUCUCUCACUCAAAUCAGAUCGGUAUAGUCGGUCGCACAGGAGCUGGAAAAUCCAGCCUGACGAACUGCCUGUUCAGAAUAAUCGAAGCAGCCGAGGGACGCAUCCUCCUGGAUGAUAUCGAUAUUUCCACCAUUGGCCUUCACGAUCUUCGAAACAGCCUCACCAUCAUUCCACAGGUAAACACACAAACACACAAACACUCUGAUUUAUGUACUGUUGCCAGUUUUCAUCAGUUAACUGACGCUAAAAACCGUGUGGGGACAGGAUCCGGUGUUGUUCUCCGGAACACUGAGGAUGAACUUGGAUCCGUUUGACAAAUUCAGUGAUGAAGAGAUCUGGAGGGUAUUGGAGCUCUCCCAUCUAAAGGACUAUGUGGGAGGACUGCAGGAGGGACUGCAGCAUGAGGUCGCAGAGGGAGGCGAAAACCUCAGGUGGGUGAUCGAAAUGAAUGUUUUUCUUGUAGGUAACAAAAAGAAAUAACUGAAUAUAAAACGUGACAAAAAAACAUAAUUAAUACCUGCCAGAGUGGUGGACUUGAUGGACGCACAGGCACCGGAGAACCUAACUCUACUCUAAUUAAGUCGGAAAAGGUCUUUUGUACAGAACAGAAAGCGUACAGAAGUAUUAGAUUCUUAUUUUAAUAGAACAUAAAAACAUUUGAUUCCCGGUCACAUACUGCAUGUUUGAACUGGGAGUGGAAGUGCUUGGAACUCUCUUAGAAAAGCUGUUUUUCGGUCAAAUCACAUGCAGGGAAACAGUCAGGGCAGCUAUCGUGUCUGUCAUGCCCAGCUUCAUGUCAGAAGGUAAGUAUACACAGAAGCAUUUGAUUACUGAUGAUUGCUGAGUGUGGACAGCAUUUAUAUAUUCUUAGCUGUUCGAGUUCAGUGCCGGUGAUUGGAAUGUUAUUCUUUUUCAUUGACAUUGACAUUUAUAGUUAUGGCUCUGAGGAUAAGUCUGCACAUUUUAGCUAACAUUUUCUGUGUAAUUUUCUGUGAGAUGGACAGAAGAGUGUUUUGUUACCCGGAGGCAGAAGCAAAUUCAAAUGAAUAGUUCUGGACAACAGAGUUUCUUCCUCACCCUUUGAUUCAGACCCAGACUGCACAUACUUAUUGUGAAUUCAUGAAUGAAAAAUGUACCUGACUGCAUAAUGAGCCUCUGCUGUGCAGGUACACUAAGCGCAUGUCAAUCAAAACAGGAUCUGCUGCGCCUAUACAGACUUUAGAAAUGGUCUGAGGAGUGUAAUAGGCUUUUGUUGCAGACUAAAUGUUCAAGUUAUUAUACGAGUUUAUUUCAUGUUUCAUGGGUACUGGGUCUGACAAAGACAUCGAAUAUACAGUAUAAAGCCAGAUAUUUUUGAAGUCGAUACAAGUAUGCUGUCAAUAACACUGUGGGAAGCCUGUUGCGCACUUGAAUGUAACCACGUGUUAUCACAUCAUUGCAAGGCAAUUUGCAGGUUAUUUCUGUCUUUGUGUGUCAGAAGCACUAAGUGGUGCGUGUUUUUCUCUUUCCCCAGUGUUGGGCAGAGGCAGCUGCUUUGUCUGGCGCGAGCCCUGCUGAGAAAGUCCCGCAUCUUAAUCCUCGAUGAGGCCACUGCAGCAGUUGAUUUAGAGACCGACGACUUGAUUCAGAAUACAAUACGCAGGGAAUUUUCACACUGCACGGUGCUCACCAUCGCUCAUCGCCUGCACAGCAUCAUGGACAGCUCCAGGUGAGUCAGUGCUCUGUUAGGCACUUCUAUGGGGUGACUCGCUGGGACCCAUAAACAGCAUGGUGAACACUUCCUUUACUGCACAUCCUCCGUGUAUUAAAGGGAUAUUCCGGCGUAAAAUUAAUUUAGGGUCAAACACCGACCAACACCGAGUUAGUCAAGAGAUGAAUGUUGCCGACUGCAUGCUUCUCUAGUUAUACCAACUUUAGUAAUGACUGCGUGAUAGCAAUACACAGUGGUCUCAGGAGCCAUGCUGUUAUGGCCCUGGCCUAGGGGAACCAGGGCCGUACAUGAUUAAAGUGCCCCACUCUUCCCAUUCCCAAAAAACAGCCAAUGAGGAGUUUUUAGAUUCACACAAAAGGCAGUUUUUAUUUUCUUCAGAGAGGAGCGAUGCCAACACAAAUAACUAAACAGCUGAAUCAAAGACCCUAACUUAUCUGUAGUAAAAUUAAUGUAAUACGAAAGACAACAGAUAACCUAACUAGAAAACAAAAUGGCCUCUCCCCCCGCCACUAAAUCUUAAAGUAAAAUAUUCACAACUAGAAAAGCACUCAGAGAGCGCAGACCUCCGCCAAGCAGCUCAUGUCCCCCCUUAAACAAGAAAUGCCCUGACUGGGAUUCAAACCCAGGACCUUCUGGUUGUGAGGCAACAGUGCUAACCACUACACCACUGUGCCGCCCAUUGGUUACCUUUCAGCUUUGAAAAUUCCAACGACACCCUUAUUUUUGUGUGUUCUGGAUCACAGUAUCCAGAAUUUUGUCAGGAUCACCACCAAAAUUUAAUGGGAUCCUCCUGGGGCUGAGACGCACCUCUGGUGAAAAUUUCAGGUCAAUCCGUCUGUUACUUUCUCCGUAAAGUUGCUAACAGACAAACAAACCAACACUACCGAAAACACAACCUCCUUGGCGGAGGUAAUUAAAUAAUCUUCCUAAACACAUGGCUGAACAAAAACAACUUCACAUUGUCUGCAUGGACUGGUAGUUGGAAGGGCCAGAAAGGGGUUGGAUGAUGGUAUCAGGUGGUUUAAAUAAUCCUCAACCAGCCAAUCAGCAUGCAGCAAUCAAUGCACAGGUGCAAACAGCAGCACACACACCUGCAGCUCAUCUCUCACACAAAGGCUGAUUUCCACUGCAAAGGAGGGGAGGAGAGAGAGAGCUGUCAAUCAACAGAUCCAAACAAACAUACUAUGUCAUGAUCAAACACUUGUGGAAAUGGACCACAUGGUGUACGCAAAGAUUUCCUCUAAAAGAGAGACAGAACACUUGCGUAGAUGUUCAAACUGAAGAAUCCUUUUUACUCUCGGCCUGUACCGACCUAUACACUCACCAGCAGGUAACCACCUCCGCCUGUGUUUCUCCUCCACAGAGUAAUGGUGCUGGACGCCGGCAAGAUCGUGGAAUUUGAUUCUCCGAGCAAUCUGCUUCAAAAGCGGGGCCAUUUCUUUUCAAUGGCAAAAGAUGCCGGGAUCACGAAAGAGGAAAUCACAGCUCUUUGAUUUUGCACUUGUUCUUUUGAUUUUUUUUUCCAUAAAUUUGUUUUGUUGUCUGAUUGAAAAGCUGGAUUUUACUUUGAAAUAAAGGUGUUUAUAAUAUUUGUAUUUAUAGGAAACAAUGUAAAGGAAUCAUAUUCUGUGUUUCAAGAUGUUUUGUAAGGGAAAAAUAAAUAUGCUUUCUCAAAAAAAUAAAAAAAA